AUGGUUGGAGUCAUUUUUGAGGGUAAAAUAGGAAAAUAUAGAGAGGGAGAAAUGUUGAGAAGGGAAAAGAGGGGAGGGGGUAGUUUGAUGGUUCAUGCGCGAGGAGAUUCACCCACGUGAGCCCGUGAAUCCGUCUAGCUCGAGAAGUGGACUUCCUGCUGGUUUCAGUGUCGUGCGCGAAUUCGUACGCGACGCUUGCCACUUUGGACGAGCUACAUUUUCUUCAUGAUUACUCCACACGUUGAUGUCUUCGAGUAAUAAAAAAAAAUAAAUAAAUAAAUCCAAAAUCUUACCUGAAACAGAAAAAGAAAAAUUAUUAAUACAAAUUUAAAAAUUUUUUUUUUUUUUUUAUAAUUUUAAUUCAAUAAAUAAUUAUUUUAGAAAUGUUUUUUUCAUAAUGAUUAAAUUGAUUGACGUGUGGUUAAAAAAUUUCAGUGCAAAAGCAAAAGGAAGAGUGAAAGACAAGAGAUGAUGUAGAAAAAAAAAAUGUGCAAUUCAAAGUUAAUUUCUAAUUUAAAAAGAAAUUUGAACAAAAGAAAUAUUAUUAGAAAACCCUUGGGGUAUUUUUGAGUUUCGAUUUUAUAAGGUGAAAUUCACGCAAGGAACUUUUGUAACAAAGUUGAAAACUGGCUAUAAUAGAGACGAAAAGUUAAAAAAAAAAAGAACUGUAUCCCGUGGCGAAUAAUAUUAAGAAAGGAAUAUUGAAUCUCAAGGCCAAUAAUAAACUUUCGUGUUUUUAUUAAAAAUGUCAAGUUUCAAUUUAAUAAAACUUGUGAGCCAAGCUUUAAUGAGGAUUUUCAGCUUGAAUUUAAUGAAAAUUGUCAAUUUGAAUUCUGUGAAAAUUCCAAUUUUGAAUGCAGUGUACGUUUCAAAAUUAAAUUGUAUAAUGAGGAUAUCAAAUUUCUCGCGAAUGUAAAUAACAAAUUAGAAUUUAAUGAAAAUGAACAUUUUGCGCGAAACACGUGCAAACAUUGUAAAGUAGAGUGAAAAAAAAAAUACUCUUCCAUAGAGUGAAAGAGCGAUUGUAAUUACAGUUUAUAUAAAAAAAAAAAGAAAAUGACAAAACGAGUAUUUAGAAAAAACUGAAAUGUCGCGAAAAACUGAUUAACGUGAGAAAUUUAUUUUUUUUUUCCUUGAGCCAAUAAACCACUGGGAAAUACUAAUGACUUGGAGGUUUAAUUAAAAGGAUAAAAUAUGGAUACGUCGCCAACCCUCGCCUUAGGAGGAUCGAGACCUAGAACAGCAUUGUUGGCAACGACUGGUUCCGGAAGCGGAAGUACCGAUAGGAGAGUGGUGUUUUUGGCUAGCCAGCCCGCCGUUGGUGCAAGUCAUGAGACAAGAACAUGGCCUCACCACUGGUCUCCGAACACGACCGGAAAUGAUUUCAAGGGAACGGGAGAAUCACCACAGACAGAACAUAAGCU